AUGGCUUCUACCGAAUUAGUUAAUUUUGCUGGUUUAUCAUUUUUAUGUGAAAAGCUUCGAUUGGAAUCUCUUCUUAUUAAACAUGAAAAGUCUACAUUAGAAGAUUUAAAUAGAAAAGUAAUUAAAGAAUAUAAUAAUAUUUGUAAACAAAUAUGGAUUUAUAGACAUCAACAGGAAAUUCUAAAUCAAUUAAUUAAUUCUGAUAUUAAUGUCUCUCCAGAAAAUUGUUGUCAACUUUUUAAUAAUUUAUAUUCAUCAAAUUUUGUUGAAGCUUACAAAAUUUUGAAUCAAUAUGCUGCUGAAAUUGUUCAAAUUUACAAAGUUUUGGCUUAUGCUCCUAGAGCUGUCUCUAUGUUUUUAAAUGCUACAGAAAAGAUUACAGCAAAUAAUUAUACAAUGGAUGAAUUAUGUUCUUGUGUAUUUAAUGUAAUUUAUGGUUCUUGCUUUUUCCCAGAAGAUGAAAAGAAUAUGUUAGAAUUACUUGGGCAUUUAAUUAAUUUACAAAUUGUACAAAAUCCAGAUCCACGAAAAAUACUCAGAAAAGGAAAUUCUGUAUUUUCUAGAAUGUAUAAAUAUUUUAGUGAAUCUCUUUUAUCCACAAAGAUUUUUCUUACUGCUGCCCUUCAUGAGCCAAUAAUGUUUCUUUUGAGUCAAGACGAAUUAUUUUUGGAUAUUGACCCAUCAAAAUCACCAAUUCGAAUACCUGCACAUGAAAGACGUUUACGUUUUGGUCCAGACGAAAAUUCAAAAUCUUAUAAAGACAAAUUAGCCCAACAUAGACGAAUCAUCGUUGACAAAUUGGUUUGGGUUGUUGAAACGUUUAUUAAUGCAAUAUUAAAUGCAAUGCCAAUAUUCCCAAAAAGUAUAAUUUGGUUAGUUGAUCAAAUGCAUACAGCAAUGAUUGAAAGAAAAUUAGUUAGCAAUGAUGAGGCUGCUUUAAUUUGUACAGACCUUAUUUUUACUUAUUUUAUUUGUUCGGCUGUUAUACAUCCUGAACCUCUUGGAAUUAUAUCUGACACUCCGAUAAGUUAUAUUGCUCGUUUCAAUUUAAUGCAAGUCGGACAACUUUUACAAUCAUUGGCAAUACUUCCAUAUGAGCAACGUUUUCCUUCUUAUUUUAAUGAAAUUCUUUCUCAUUUAGACAAGAAUUCAAUGACCAAAGUUAUGGACACAGUUUUACAAACAGGAUCAGCUUCAAUCGAAACAAUUUUCCCUACACAAAUUGCAGAUUCUAAAGGAAAUGAAGUUUUUAGACGUACAACAUUUGUUGCUUCUCUUAAUGAAAUUAAUAUUUUGCAAUAUUAUUUGAAAUCUCCAGCUUUGGAGGAAAUUAAUGAUGCAGCAUUGUUAAAAAAUUUAAAAUUAUUAUUAAAAAGAUUGCCUGAACAAUUUAAUGAAAAAAUUAAAUUUUAUAUGGGAUUACCUGAAAAGGAACAAUCACAACAACAGCAGCAACCAAUUUCCUCGUCUACACGAUUAAGAAAUUUGGCUGAUAAAGGACAUCAAAAAUUAAUUCAAACAACAUCAGUUUCAAAUUUUAGAAAUUCCGAUCAACAAAAUUUAACAAAUUCUUUGUCUGUUAAUGUGUUGGUUAAUGAAAAUGAGAAUAAUAAUAAUUGUAAUUUAAUUACAAAUAAUAAUCAGCAACAAAAACAACAGAACCAAAAUGGUGUUAAUUCGACGACAAAUGAAAAUUUAAAUCGGGAUGUAUUACUCUUUGAAAUUCCUGAUAGUUAUGAACCAAUAGGAACAACGUCUGAAGAAGAGGCUCCCGGAGAUUUGGAGAUUUCUGAUAGAACAAAUACAGAUGUUAUAAGUGACGAUGAUGAAGAGGAGGAAGAAGAAGAUGACCAAGAGGUGGGGGAAGUGGAGGGAGUUGAUGAUACUUCUUCGAGUUCUUCAAAUGGAAAUGCUGAGGAAGCAGAAGAAGAUGUUGCUGUUUUGCCAGACAAUUUUUCUGACGUUGUCCCAAUUAGUGCAAACGUUUCUCGACGUGGAUCACCUAGCUUAAGUGGAAGUAAACUUUCUGGCAGAGAAACUCCUUUUUCUAAUCAUGCGGAGCAGAAUAAUGUAAUUGAAAAUUCUUCUUCAACAAUCCCAACAUUUUCAAAUACUUUACCUCAACAAGAAGCAAAUAAUAAUAGACGAACUUUACCAUAUUUACCUGUAACUGUAAGAAAACAAAAUUCUGAAGGUUUAGAAGAAAAAUUUGGAAAAUUUGUUCUUCCACAAAUUGACAGCACUAGAAAUCGUGAUGAAACAAUUUCUUUGGUAAGCGACAAUUGGUCAACAGAUGUGGUUGCUUCUGAUAAUGAAGCAGCGAUGAUAGAAUUAAGAAAUGCUGUAGAUGCAUCUUCAUCUUCAAUAUCAUCAAUUCAACAACCACAAAAUUCAUUUCUUCAGCAAAAUAAUUUUGCUGUUCAGCAACAACAAAAUAAUGUUUUACCAAUAAAUAAAUUACAACAACAAAUUUCUUCUUUAAAUUCAUCAAAACAAUUAAAUAAUUUGACAAAUUUUUCUUCAAAUUUGGCAUCUUCUUCUAAUAUUGUUACUGCACCUAUUGCUGUUUUAAAUCCAAUCCCAAACAAUAUCAAUAAUAUUGAUGAGGAAGAAGAUAAACUUCCAUAUUUUGAUCAAAACAAUAUAACAACAUGUCGAGCUUUUUUGGAUGCUAAAAGAAAAUUGAGAUUAGUUUUAAGUAACACUACAACACUUCCAAAAAGUUUAGAUUUGAUAAAUUAUAAAGAAGCAUCCAAUAAUAAUGAUAAACAACAUCAACAAAAAGAAGCAAUGAAUGGUAAUGAUGUUGGAGAUUCUUCUACAAAAAAAAUAGCAGAUGCAGAAGUUUUAGCACUUCAACAAAUGCUUCAUUUAUUUUUAGCUGAUUCUAUCAAUAGUCGAGAUCGUAAACAAGCAGCACAAAUACGUGAAGUUUUGCGGUGUUUAUCAAUAUUUGAUAAUAAAGGAAUAUUUUUAUUAUUAAAAAAAUUAAAAAGAGAACAACGUCAAAGAUUAUGUUAUACAUUAUAUUUACAACAAUCACAAUCUACAUUAUUACAAUUUAAAUAUUGUUUAGAAAAAAUGAAUAAUCGUUUUGUUAGAAAUUUAGAAUUAACAUCAGAAUGUUUAGUUGAAAUGUUAGUUAGAUUCCAUUUACAAAAGGAAGAUUUGAGACAAUUUGUCCAAAAUUUUCAAAAUUUACAUGUUCAGGAUGAGAAAGUAGAACUAGUUUCUUCAACUCUUCGAAUUCUUUGUGAUCAACUUUUAACCGAUCCGAUUUGGCAUUUUGCAACAGUAGAAAAUUUAGAUUAUGCAAGAAAAUGCAUGGAACGUUCUUUAAUGGCACAAAUUUAUGUUUAUGCUUUAUUUCCAAAUUCUGAUGCUGAUUAUUAUCGUGAUGAAGUCCUCUCAAAAUCAAUUCGUCAGCUUUCUUCUUUACUUUCUGUUGAUCAUCCAGAUCUUGCUAUACCCAAGUGUCUUCAUGCCGAAUGUCCUUGGUCUUCUGCACAGGCUGAAUUAAAUAUUAUAAAUGCAUAUAAAUCACCGCGUGACAAAAUGAAUUGUAUUUCUCGUUGUUGUGAGACUAUAGAAAAUUUGAUUGUUCUCUCUGCUGGACGUGUAACUUCAUCUGCUGACGAUAUUUUGCCUAUUCUUGUUUUUGUUAUUAUAAAGGCAAAUCCUCAUGCUCUCCUUUCCAAUCUUCAAUUUAUUGACAGUUUUUAUGCUAGUAGAAUGCAAGGAAGUGAAGCUUAUUGGUGGACACAGUUUAAUUCAGCAGUUGAAUUUUUGAAGACUUUACUUAAUAAAUUAUGCAAUAAAUAA